GACUUUUAUUUUGAAAUAUACCGAACGGGGGAGCAUAUGUAAACAACGAUCUGCGUGUGUGGAGUUGGUGUGUGUUUUUAAAAAUGACAGCCCUGAGUUUUAUGCUGACCCGGCGAGUUUUACCCCUUGGAUAUUAUUUAAGGGGUGCAAUAUCUGUCAAGGUGUUUAUUUUAAUGUUAUUCACGCUCUGUUUGACUAGCUUCUGCUCAUCUACGCGAGAUGAAGUUCGUCUUGCAGAAGAGGCCAGCAAGAAAUAUGGAAAACCUGAAUCCACUAUAUUUUCCAAAAUAAUUGACAAAACUAUUCCUGCAAACAUCAUUUAUGAGGACGACAAAUGUCUAGCAUUCAGAGAUGUAAAUCCACAAGCUCCUGUACACUUCCUGGUUAUUCCACGGAUUCCUAUUCCAAAAAUUAGUGAGGCACACGAUGAGGAGGCACCGCUCCUUGGUCAUCUAUUGAUGGUGGCCAAAAAUGUUGCAAAGAAAGAAGGACUAGAUAAAGGAUACAGAGUUGUGAUAAAUGAUGGGAAACAUGGGGCACAAUCUGUGUACCAUCUCCACAUCCAUGUCUUAGGUGGAAGGCAAAUGAGCUGGCCUCCAGGAUAGAUUAUUUCGGUACAAAGUGAUACUGUGCAUUUUUGAUAAAAAAAAGCAGUUGAAAUAGAUCACAAGUUAUGCUUAACAGUGAACAAUGUAUAGAUUCUAUAAAAAUACUAUUUUUAAAAUUAAAGCUUAUUUUAAUGAA